AAGGUGACAUCGCGGGAGCCAGCGCAGAUACGGCGACGCAACAAAAUCCAUGGACCGCACCACGGGGCCACGCGAUCCUGUCGAAACCAAAGGAGCAGCCUCCAAACAUGGAGAAGUGCCCCCGCACAAACCUGCCUUCACCUCGGACAACUUGGCGGCGCUCUUCGAGUGCCCGGUGUGCCGCGACUACGCGCUGCCGCCAAUUCAGCAGUGUGAAAACGGGCACCUCGUGUGUUCGUCUUGCAAGACAAAGACGCCCAGGUGUCCGAUCUGCCGGCGUCCAAGAGGGAAAGCUAUCCGGAACUUGGCGAUGGACAAAUUGGCGCACAUGAUAUCAUUUCCGUGCAAAUACCGUCUCACGGGUUGCUCCACGGUGCUCCCGCUCUCAGCAAAGCUAAAGCACGAGAAGGUCUGCGAAUACGGACCGUGCCCCUGCUUGUUGGGUCAUGAUGCGUGCAAAUGGGAAGGUGAACUUACGCAGCUGAAACAGCAUGUCGUCGCCUCGCACAAAUUUAUUCCAAUUCUGCAAGGUGAUACCACGAACAUCAGCGCAAACAUCUUCAAGAUUGAUGUCUUCUGCUGGCUAGCUAUACUGCGGUGCUUCGAACGAGAUUUCGUCGUGGUGCUGAAAAAGGAGGCGUCACCUCAUAUUCAAUACUUUGCAAACGUUCGACUGAUCGGCUCAAGCAACGACGCCCAACUGUUCGCGUAUCAACUGCAGCUGCCGGGUCACAACGAGAGGUUGACAAGGCGUGCCCUGACGAGGACGAUUCACCCCAGCGGCGAUUCCACAGCAGACGCAGACGGCCUCUCGUUCGACUUGUGCAAGGCCGUUUGUCUGGCCCAAGGUUCGAAUCUAAGUGUCGACGUUGCCAUUCGCCGCCUCUGAGUGGAUACAGUGCGUUUGAGCGUCGUGCACAGAGGGAGGCGUUGGCGUUGCUGUCUUAUCAGGAAUCCAUCGUAACACGUUCUGUAUUCGGAACACUGUAUGGCUUGAUUGAGCAGUGCGUCUUACUCGGUGAUUAAAUUUUUGG